AUGUUAGGGCAGCUGUCCUAUCCUGGCCGUCAAGCGCUCGCUGCCGUUGCCCGCAAAACAGUUAUUGCACCGUCCGUCGUGCCGUUCGCGACCGAUGCUCUCAAUGCAACCUUUGCGAAGACUCGAGGAGCUACCCAGGCGGAUAUUGAGUUCCUGAUUAGGGGUUUCGUUCACGCCGCCAAAUAUCUUGAGGCAGCAGGUUUCGACGGCAUAGAACUCCAUAGCGCCCACGGCUACGUGUUAGCACAAUUCCUUGCUUCUCGUACAAACAAGCGCACAGAUGCCUACGGUGGCUCCCUCGUGAAUCGAAUGCGACUUCUUAUCGAGAUUGCAAAGCAGAUUCGCGACGAAACCUCCCCGUCUUUCAUAGUUGGCGUCAAACUGAACAGCGUUGAGUUCCAAGACGGAGGAUUCACGGUUGAGUUCACGGCCCAGGUGGGCCGUGAACUGCAAGAUGUUGGCAUGGACUUUGUCGAGCUGAGUGGUGGGACUUUGGAGAAAAUUGGCCACGAAUGGACCAAAGAUACGACACAGAAACGAGAAGCCUUUUUCCUCAAGUUUGCAGAAAUGAUUGUCCCGCAAAUGGGAAAGACUGCUGCUGAGAGUCGCACGAAGAUCUUCAUUACUGGCGGGUUGCGAACCAUCAGUGCUAUUGCCAAAGCACUUCGAGCGAUGAAAAGGCCAUUGGUGUUUACUUGGAAGACAAAUCCAUGCAUGAAGCAGCUGCGUCUAACGAUACCGAAAGAAAUUUGCCUUGGUUCUUGGAAGUAUCCGCCGAGAGUUUACCGUAUGACUAUUUAUAACGAUCGGCUUAUUAACAGGGUUAAGUAA